AUGGCAAAAAAGGCAAAAGCAAGAGUCAUUCUCGUAAAGAUGUUGUCCACCGCCGGCACUGGCUAUAACUACAUCAAGGCUCGUCCCAGAAUCAAUCCCAAGUUGUCCAUGAUGAAAUACGAUCCUGUUGUGAAGCAGCACGUCUUAUUCACCGAAACCAAGAUGAAGAAAUAG